AUGGGACCUCCGCGUAAGGGAGGAGACAAGAAAAAGAAGGGCAGCCGCAAGCGGAAAGCGACUGUAUGGGACGAUGCAGAACCGAAGGACAAACAGGAUGCAGUGCCAAGCGAAACUGACGCGAAAAAGCGGAGCUCAGUGAGGUCGAGAGGGUCGAUGAUGGGCCAAUGGAAGACGCAGAAGGUUCGGGAGCGCUCGAAAGAGCGCAAAUUCUUUGCUUCGGUGGAUGAGAAAAAGCGCUGGCAGAGAGAGCGGUACGAGGAGACGCGAGCGCGCACGUUCAAUGCAAUUUACAAGUCAAAAGACGUGGUCGAAGACGAGAUCGCGAUGGUGAAGGACACGCUCGAGAGUGAAGCAAGUGAGGGCGAGGAGGAUGAUGAAGCUCUAGAUGGGAAGAAGAAGAAAUCGCUGUUUGACGAGUUUGUGGAUACGUUCAAGAGGGAUGCUAAAGACCACGGAGUCGAAGAGGAGCCCGAGGAUGAGGAGGUGAUGGUCGACGAGAAUGGAGAGAUUGUUGUUGAGGACGACGCGGAGGUAGUAGAAGAAGACGGAAAGGAGGAGGAGAAGGAUGGUGUAAAUGGUGCUGAUGCAUUGGAGAAGGAGUGUGAAGAGCAGAUUGCUGCAAUGGAGAAGGACGAUGAAGAAGGGGUGGAUGAUAUUCACGAAGAGGAGGAGGAGCAAGAAGAUCCGUAUCGACGAAGGUUUCUUCUAAGUUCUUUCUCAGAGCAGGAUGCAACGAAGUUUGAUGCUACGAGGAGAAAGUUUACGAAGGUUGGGUUGCCGACUUUGGAAGACGAGGGAUAUGAUGUCACGUACAGGAAAGGAGCGGAUAUGGACAUACAGGGCGUUGCUGGUGUUGUGAUGGCUCCUGACGUGGCUGUGAAAAAGAAGCCUUGUGUGCGGUCGAGACUAGCGGUGACAUGGAAACAGCGUGGACUAGACUUGGAGACAAUGGGUACUGAGGAAUCAGUCGAGCGAACGCUCUUUCAGGUGAUGUCAGCAUAUGCGGACGUGAUUUUUGCUGGUCAGACGUACGAGAACACGGCAACGGUGCGGCGAUUGAGCGCUAUGCACGUGCUGAACCAUGUUCUUAAAGCUCGCGAUACUGUCACGCGGAACAAUGAGCGCAUCAAAAAGCAUGAGGCUGGAAAGUCGAGUGAGGAGGAAGAUAGAGAGUAUCGUGACCAGGGUUUUUGUCGUGCUACUGUGCUGGUAUUGCUGCCUCUUCGUAGCGCAGCUAUGGCGUUUGUAGACCAAUUGCUACGGCUCCUACCAGCAAACAUGGAUACUUUCCACAACAAGGACCGCUUCUUUAGCGAGUUCGGAAGUGUAAAAGACACAGAUGAAGAGAAGGAUGCGAAUGAGCGUGAUGGUAAGAAAGAGUGGCAGCGCGUGUUUGAUGAGGGCAAUAAUGAUGACUGUUUCCAGUUGGGUGUGUCGUUCUCGCGCAAGGCGGUGCGUUUCUACAGCGAAUAUCACCACGCCGACAUCAUUAUUGCUUCGCCUCUCGGGCUGCGGCAACAGCUUGGGGAUGAAGUUGCUGUACUUGAUGACGCUGAGUCAAGUGCUGACGUGAAGCUUUCGAGCGACUUUUUGUCGACGAUUGAGAUCUGCAUCGUAGACUCGGCAAGUCUUAUGACCAUGCAGAACCUCGAGCACCUGCGAACCGUGUUGCGAGCUACCAACGUGCAGCCAAAAGAAGCUCCGAAUGCCGACUUUGCACGUGUGCGUGAAUGGAACUUGGCGUUUCUGGGCAUGUACUUUCGACAAACCGUUCUGUUCGCUCACGGCGUGGAGCCGACUUUGAAUGCGUUAAUGAACAAGACGUGUCGUAACGUAUCUGGUGUCGUAAAGUUCGUUCGUUGUUACGAUGCUGCGGAUGGCACCGCUUCCGUCUCGCGCGUCGUGCCGCAGGUGAAGCAGAUUUUCCAGCGAGUGGACCUGGAACACCACAAACGCCUUACUGCCAUGGACGAAGUGGAGUUACGCUUCAAUUACUUCAAGAAACACGUGUUCGAGCCACUGCUCGACCAUCCUCGGAAGAAUGUGCUGAUCUUUAUUCCGUCCUAUUUCGACUACGUUCGCGUGCGCAACCUUUUUAAUGAUACGAUGAACAAGAAGUUGAUUCGGAGUGUGCAGUGCUGUGAGUACACAACGAGCAAGCAGGUGUCUCGGGCUCGCACGACAUUCUUUCACGGGCAUUGCCAUGUCAUGCUCUACACUGAACGUUUCCACUUUUAUCACCAGUACCAGAUCCGGGGUGUGCACCAGCUCAUUUGGUACGGCCUGCCUGUCAUCGGAGACUUUUACGCCGAAAUGAUGAAUAUGCUGCCAAGUGGCGACACUACCGGGCACACUGAUGAUGGAUUCACUGAUACAAUGGAUGGCAAGUCGUCUAUUGCUUUGUUCACGCGUCUUGAUCUGUUGCGAUUGCAACGUAUUGUGGGCAACAAGCGAGCCGAGCGCAUGUGUCAACCAAAGGCUGCGAAACCUACGUUUCUUUUCUGCUAG